AUGUCUCCUGUCCUACGCGAUACUACCAUCAUACCAACUAUACUGAACAGCCUUGAGCCUCUUGAGCCAAACACUUACACCAUAGCCCUUAGCACAGGUAGCGAUCAAUUCAUUGGCAGUCCUAACGGCUACAAAGCCACGUACAUACCACCGGCUGUACUCUUCGAUCUCUUUACAGGACUCCUCGAGUUGAUCAGUGGAGAAUGCACAUACAGAAUUGGCACACAUCGACCGCCAGCCUUGGAAGAAUUCUUGAAGAAUUCUACCAAGUCAAAAACUUACACAUCUCAUCUGUGGAUAUGGUUUGGAGCAAGCGAUUCUUUCGUUGCACGGUCAAAGACAGUUUGGAUCUGCUCCAAAGUUCCACCGCAGCUCACCUCUAGAUUGCGGCAAAUGAGUUCUUACUCAUGCACAAAGUACAACGCUACCAAGGGUGUGUUUAAGGACGGAACACUAGAUGAUGUGCAGUGGCAUUCUAACGGAUCGUUCUACGCCAAGAAGGGCGAUAGCGAUCAUGUCAUUAUAAGUCCGUAUUUAGAAAAGGGAGAAACAUUUGCCUUCAUCAAAAAGACGGAGCCAGGCAAAGAGCCACCGUUCAUCAUUCAUUUUGAGUGGGAGCAAAGACAUUCCAACCUCAUCCGGGAAUCAGGAGCAUCUAAAUGCUCUACACUAUCAGCUUCACCUCUCGACAGAGAUCUCGACCGUAUGGCAGCAUCAAACUCUUUCGACGAGAACAACGCGACUACCACUCCAAAGAGAUAUCCUCAGCUCGAGAACUUAGAUAGUCGUGACUUUCGGUUUGCUAUCAGCAAGACUUGCCGACGUCCUACAAAUGACCUAUGGGAUUUGGACCUGAAUAAAGGCGAGAAACUUUUGGUUCUGCGCGACAUGGGGCGUGGAUGGCAUAUUGCCAUGAAAAAAAAAGAAGAUCAAGAUCCUAAAGCGGCAUACGCCAGAUUCACGGACGACCUUGAUAAGAUGCUCAUACCGGGUCAAUUGCAGGAAUUUCCCACGAUGAAAAGCUAUGUUCAUGAUUGUACCAAGGUGGAAUGCAAGCCGCAAAAGCAAGACGAGUCCCUGUUGGGAAUUUGUGUCCACGAUCUACUAGCACUGCUCGAGGGUUCCGGUAGGUUUUCGUACGAGUGGCUCAAGGAAGGUCGCAACCUCUGGCAUCCGGAUAGGUUUGCCCAGUUCUGCAAGCCUGAAGAAGCCGAGCGGCUGAAGCCCAUGGCUGAAGAAAUGUUCGUCAUGUAUGGGAUAUUGAUGGAUGAAUGUGCUAGGCGUUAG